CUGCAGUCAGAUAACAGAGCCAGCAGUUGGAUCGAGUGUCAGCUGGUCACCAGUCAGACCUGAUGGGCACCAGCGCGCGCUAACGGCUCCUGGAAGCAGCUUCUGUGUUUGGGGAGUUUGGCUGAAAGCUCAGCCUCAGAGUGGGGAGUUUCCAAAGAGUUUGCACUGAAGGCUGGAAGAAGUUCUGGUUAGAUUCAGUCUGGAAGAGACGCGGAGACGCAUGCGGAGCACAGCACCAUGAGCCUCCCGCUUUACGCACCGACACCCAUCCAGCCGGCCCACCCGACCCCCUUCUACAUCGAGGACAUCCUGGGGAGGACAGCCUCGGCCACCGUUACCUCCUCCUCGUCCUCCUGCAGCGCACCGGCGGUCCCGACACCGACACUCCCGUCAGCGAACUCCUCCUUCACCAGCCUGAUUUCUCCUUACCGGACACCGAUUUACGAACCCACCCCGAUCCACCCGGUUUUGUCCCACGCUGCGCUCACAGCGACCUACUGUCCGGUCGGAGGAUUCGGCGGCUCCAUCUACUCGUUCCAGCAGCAGCAGCAGCACCGCUCCAUGGGGGAGUACGCGCAGGCGCUGCUCCGCCAGGACCCCCUCGGGAAGCCUCUGCUGUGGAGCCCGUUCAUCCAGCGGCCUCUGCACAAGAGGAAGGGGGGGCAGGUUCGGUUCUCCAACGACCAGACCGUCGAACUGGAGAAGAAGUUCGAGACGCAGAAAUAUCUGUCCCCCCCGGAGCGGAAACGGCUGGCCAAGAUGCUGCAGCUCAGCGAGAGACAGGUUAAAACCUGGUUUCAGAACCGACGGGCCAAAUGGAGGAGAUUAAAACAGGAAAAUCCUCAGAGCGGGAAGCAGCUGGAGGAGGACUGCGCGCUCCGGAGGAGCUGUAAAGCGGAGCAGGUGGGGGUCCAGAGCCCGGAGCAGCGGCGCACGGGCCCCGCCGCCCAGCCGAGGUCCCCCACAGACCUGGACUCUGAAAUGUCGGAGGAUUCCGAUCAGGAACUGGAUAUAGAAACCAGCAGUGAGCUGAAACUAAAGCCAUAGGAGGCCGAACGGAACCUC